CCUCCCUCCCUCCCUCCUCUCUCUCUCUCGCGGAAUCCUAUUGAUCCAAACGGGCUAAUUAGCGGUCUCUGCGCAAUUACGCACAUGCGCACUGCGCGUAAUCUCAGCCAUUUUUUGAAGGAAACUAAUUAGUAGGAAUAAAGAGCCAAGUGUUUUUCCUCCCACAGUGAUCAGAACUCAUUCUACCUCUGGAGCUCGCACAAACCCCUCCGUCCCCAUCUUCUGUUUACUACGGCCUACAUGUAGCUUUAAUUACACUGUUGUUUUCCAACAACUUGGACCCCACUGCUCCCUCUCUCCAUUUUUUUCCUCCUUCCUACUCCUGGCUCCACGAAACGUUGAGGAUCAUUCAUAAGGAAUGAGCGGACUCUUUGCGCGAUUCUUUUCUGGACUUAUUCACUUUCAGCCUACGGAGCUUUACACCGGAGUCGCUGCAGAAAUGUGGGCAGGUGAUGUCUGGCAGCUGUAGCCUCUGGUAUGGACAGCAGUGAGGGAGGAGGAGGGGAUGGAGGGGGAGCAGAGGAGAGAGAUGCCGACCUCAGUCUCCAGGCUUUAUCUCUUCCUCUCCUGACCCUGGCAGUUAGUCCUGAGAAGGGGUCACUCUCUCAUACCUCAGCCAUGGCCCCCACCAAAGAGCCCGUGACCCUGCCUCUGCAGGGGGAGAAGGGCAUAGAGGGGUCCAAGGCUGGAGAGGGAGAGAAGCAGAAAGACGGAGGCAACCUUUCCCAAGAGAGCGGAGCAUGUUUAAAGGAUGGGAGACAGGAAGACUUUGGGGAGGGAUAUUUUUUGGGGCAAAUUGAAGAAGACAAGGAGGUGCGUGACAGUGCGGAAGAGGCGUCAGUUACAGGGGGCCUCCAAGAAACCCUCAACUGUAGAGGUGGAGAGGAGAAGGAAGAGGAGGAGGCCAUCUCAAACCAAAGCCAAACCAAAUCCAAAUGUUCUUUAUUACCUCAACAGAGCCAGCACAGCUCUUCUUCCAGCACUGCGAAGGCCAGUGGCACACUCGACAGCAAAACAGCCGCCUCUCCAAAGUCCUCCCACACUCCUCCCUCCCCUAAGUCCUUCCCCUUUUCUCCCAUCUCUCCAAAGUACUUCAGUUGUCCAUCCUCCUCUUCAGCUAUACUGAACGAGACAGAGGUAAAAGACAUUAAGGGAGAUGAGGGCUGGAUAUCUGGGUUUCCUCAGAGCUUUAGAUCCCAGCAGUCUUCUCUGGUUUUUCCUCUGGCGGGCAUGGAACCUGCCAGUAAACCUGCUGAGGAUGACAUGCUACCAGGGGUUCCUCACUCUUCCGUUUCCAAUGGAAAUGGUGCCAAAGCUCCAGAACCAAAUGACAGCCAGCUAGACACAGAGGUGGAUGACAAAAAAGACAAAGAAGACCAGAAAGAUGCUGUGCUGAAAAACCUCAGUCAAGACUUCUCCAAUUCGGUCACUAGUCACAUGACCAUGAUGCACUCACGCAACUCCUGCAAGACUCUGAAAUGUCCCAAGUGUAACUGGCACUAUAAGUCUCUUCAUACACUGCAAGUCCAUAUGAAGGAGAAACAUCCAGAAACGGGCGGGCAGUGUGUUUGCGGCGCCUCUGGAGGAAAGUGUGUGUGUGGUGGUGUGACUCGAGAUGUGUGUGGAUACUGCAGCUCGGGGAAACCCCAUCCUCGAUUGGCCCGGGGUGAAACCUACGCCUGUGGCUACAAGCCCUACCGAUGUGAGGUUUGUGAUUAUGCCACCUCUUCAAAAGGCAACCUCAGCAUACACAUGCAGUCAGAUAAACACCUUAACAAUGUUCAAAACGGGGGAAGCACGAACGGCCCAGUGAAUACCUCGCACACUGCCAACAACAGCAGCAGCUCCUCCAACAAUUCUUCAGUUGACGAGCAGCCAUAUAAUAAGCUCCCACCCUCUAUUCCAACACAUAUGACCCAGCCCGUCAAGCUCACACCACCUGCACACUCCCACUCUCACGGUAAAAGGUGGCGGUGCGAUGUGUGCGACUAUGAGACCAGUAUUGCCCGCAACCUCCGCAUACACACUACCAGCGAAAAGCACACUCAUAACAUGCUACGACUUCAGAGAGGCUACUACUUGUCUCACUGCAGGAGUCUUGCUCCCCAUCUCAAACACCUACAAAACACAGGUCCGGAGCUUUCCUUGAACAUGCGGCUGACCAGUCAGCAGGUCACCGAUCCACCGGUCACCCUUGGGUCUACACUGACUCCGUCUCCCUCCCCUUCCCCAUCUCCCCCUCCAGCUCCAUCUCUGUCCCCUACUGGAUCCCUCUCCCAGAGCGUGUUCCAGUGCCUCAUCUGCUCCUGCUUUUCAUCUGACAGCUUAGAGUCCGUGGAGCAGCAUCUGAAUGCGCCCCGCUCCCUGCCACAGUCCGAGUGGUGCUCUCUCAUCGCUGGUGGCUGCCACUGCAGACUGUGUGGCUACACCACUCCUUUGAGAGCGAAUUUCUCCUUGCACUGCCAGACUGAUAGACACCGCACCCGCUACCAGCUUGCCGCUCACCUUCAGGAGGGAGGGGAUCGGGGUCAAGAAGGGGCGGCUCUCAUUGCAAAGGGCAACCCCGUCCAAUUGAGGUGCAACCUGUGUGACUACGUGAGCAGCAGUUUGGAGAAACUACGAUUACAUUCCCUCAGUUCACACCAUGAGGCGAGCGUCCGGGUCUACAGAUUCCUGCAGCAGUAUGACGGUGAAGUUGAUGGAGGUUCGUGGCUGUUCCAUUGCCUUCUAUGCAACCACUCCUCCUCUUCUAAGCUUCAAGUACUGAAACACAGCCAAACGUCAGCCCAUCAGCAGCGGGAAGGGCUACUGCAGCUGCAGCCAAUGGGGGGAGAGGAGCUGGCAGCCAUUUUUACCAUCAGAAAAAGCUCCAGUGGCGUCACAGGAGAGGUCAAUGAGAGUAUGGAGAGUUCCAUAGAAACCAGCACUGAACCUUUGGACACAACCAAAGAAAAAAGUAAUUUGGGGGCACAAAACAUUUCUCAGAAUACAGAAAAAAUAAGGAUAGAAGAGGGAGAUAAGAGGGAGUCUGCUCCUUCAGUCAAGCGUCCAUCCCCAGGAUGCGUAGAAGCGGAGAACACAGUUUUAACCAAACGCCCCAGAACACACCAGCAAAACGAGAACCAGCAGACUGUCCAGUGCCCUUUAUGCCAAGUUCGACUUCUACACACACACCUCCGAGAGCAUCUCACUCAUGUGCACAAUGUGGCACAGGACUGUGUGGAUAAGCUCAUCAGUGUGGUUACUCCACUGGAGGAGCAACCACAGUUUCAACUGGAGAAGGAAUCACAAGCAGACGUCCUUACAGAGGAAACUCAGAAAAACCUCCCAACAAAGAAUAAAAGUGCAAGCUGUUCACAUUCUGAGAAUUCCUCAGCUGCACUGGUUUCUGAUCAAAACAAAGUUAAUAACACUGAAGAAGAUGUAGUCGUACCCAAAGACGUUCCUGCUCUACUGACACCACCCUUAGAAGACAACACCACCCACCCCUCCAAUGGUUCACUGGCUCCGCAGUCCCCAACUCAAACACCCCCUUCUUCCCCACCAAAUUCUCCUCCCAGUGACCCUCCUCCUCUCUCUGAUCGCCAUGGUUACCGGUUUCGUUGCAGCAGGUGCAGCUUGGCAUUCCCUACCCAGGAAAAACUCCAGCUGCACUGGCAGUACCAUGCCAUGAGGGCGGCGACAGAGUGCCCCCUCUGUUCCAGACAAUGCCGCAGUCAGGAGGCCCUGCAGAGACACAUACAGAACAUUCACUCACAGCUUGAUGACCCAAAGGGACAAAAUACACCCUUGUCAUCUCAAACUGUGCAAUACAUGGAUCAUAAAAAUAAUUCAGGUCAGCAAGAUUUCAGUUUAUCACCUCAAGUGGGUCAAGAAGCAGGAGAAGGCGAUGAUGAAGAUAUAGAUGAAGAUAUGUUUGGCAGUGAAGAGAGGGAAGACCAAAAGGAAGUAAAAAUGAAGGAGAAGGAAACAGUGUCUGAAGUUGAUUGUGGUGAGGGGGAUUUACCUGAACCAGAACAGGGACCACAUGAGGAAACUAUAUUGGAACCAACUUCCAACACACUUUUCAAAAAGAGCUCAAACCCCACAAUGGACCGUUUUUUAGAUCCAUCUAGGCCUUAUAAAUGCACAGUAUGUUCUGAAUCCUUCACCCAGAAAACCAUACUUCUUGUCCACUAUAAUUCUGUAUCCCACCUCCAUCGGGCCAGACGAGCACUGCAAGACUCUGGAACAAGUGCAGCAGCCCCGGAUGCACCCCGUGGCCCGGAUCCUAGACCCUAUCGUUGCCGACUAUGUGGAGUGGGCUACAGCCAGAGUUCAACUUUAGAUAUACAUCUUCGUUCUGUGCUUCAUCAGACUAGAGCGCGUGCUGCACAGAACUUAGCUUCACAGCCCUCAGUAUCUUCAGUUCCAGCAUUAGUGCCCACUACUUCUGCACAAGCAGCCACUAUCAGAGAGGAAACACACAAGAGUUUACCUGGUGCAAUUGGUGCAAAGAAACCAGAUGGUGCACGUUCAUCAAACACUCAGACUCUAAGUUUGCCUGAGCAGAUAGACAGCCAGCAGGCUAAACAGAGAGUGGUAGAGCUUCUAGCAUCAAGAAACCAGCUACUGCUAAUACAACAGCAGCAGAUAGCCCAGGCUCAAGUCCAGGCACACUUACAACAACAGACAGCACUGCUACAGUCCCAAGCAUUACAACAUCUUCCUUUAGGACCAGAAAAUCACCUUAAACAACCUUUCUCCUUGCUGCCAGACAACUCACUCUCUCUACAGCAGCAACUUCUUUUGCCAUUUUUUUUGUCAGGAGAUGGGAUACUCAACUCAGAAUUGUCUGUCAUGAGUCCAGAACUUGGUAAUAUGUUAUCUUUAAACUCCAUUCCUAAAGAACAUGUUAAGGCUGAUGCUAAAAGAGAGUCGGAUGGAGACCAGAAACAAACCACCAAACAGAGUUCAAUCCAAGCUGUAAAUCAAACAGCUGAUCAGUGUCAUAGUGACGCCAAGUCUGGUUCAUAUUGCAGUGGACAUCCCAACAAGCAGACAGAAGUAGACAACAGUUGUUGUGCUGGGGAAGAAGAAAAAGAAACCAAACAUGUCCAUGCUGUUAAAAACGAAAGUAUGACAGAAGACGCCGUCCCUUCCUCAUCAAAUUCUCCUGGUUCACAAUGUCCUCCUCCAAGAGUGCCCUACGCAGCUACAAAUGGGGAGCCCCUCAGAGCUCUGCUGCAGAGUUAUGGCUAUGAGUUAGCCAUGCAGUACAUACAAAGUAGACACAGACAUCAACAACAAAUGGUAACUCAAAUAUUAGAUGCUGCUAAAAUGGGUAAAUUGGAAUUGUGCUCAGAGAUGGAAGAACGUGAGACUUGUGAACUGAAAAAUGAAAAUGUAAGGGGCUAUGACAACAAUGAAAAGCAAAUAGAAAGAUACUGUGAUGCUGAGGAAAAGGAACAGAUCAAAGAUGAGGCACCUUCAGACACAGAGAAAAAGUGCUGUGAAACUGGGGAGAAGUGCCAAGAUUGUGGCAAGUUUUUCUCUGAUGUGUUAAUUUUAAAAAGCCACCAAGAACAUAUUCAUAGGUUGAUGUUUCCCACUGCAGCACUGGAAAGGUUUUCUAUGGAAUAUAGGCUCCAGUAUGAUCAGAUGUACCCCCUUGGUCGACUUAGUUCUGAUGAAAAUGUAACUGUGUGUACACAAGCUGUUGCUCCGACCCCACCUAUAUGGACAGAACCAGAGCCUGCUACAGUACCAGUAAUUCCUCAAGUGAAAACCCUUGAAUCUUCUUCUAUAUUGCCACCUUCUGAUCUCACUACUAAGACAAGUGCUGCAUCUAAAGAUAUGACAGCUGCCCCUGCAGCGGCAUCUCCACCAUCCCCAUCUCAACCACAAGACCUUCAAAAGAAGGAGGAUCCAAUCCCAGCGACCUCAACCACCGCUCUCUCUCAGAAUGCAACUCCUAUACUUCUUCCCUUGCCUAAAAUACCCAUGCUCCCUCUCUCUAUGCCUCAGAUUUCCAUUCCUCCACUAACCUUACCAAAGCUUCCACUUCCACCUAUUCCUUUCCCCAUGGAUCUACCACUCCUUCCUCCAGUUGUGAUGCAGUCCAUGGCUCUUCAGACUCAACCGUGGUUGGAUUCAAAUUUGAACCCAGAACUGGCAAAGCUCUACCAGUCUCAGCUUAACCAAGCAAUACUUGGUCCUCAACCACACUUAAGUACAGCUUUGCUUGCUCAGCAACCUCAGCACAGCCCAGCAUUGUUAAAUCAACCUGCACAACUUAGUCCUGCUAUACUGAGUCAACCCUCUCAGCCUAGCCCAAUCCCAGCAAGUCAGCAAAGCCAAGCCAGCCCAACAACACCUGAACAACAGCAGGGUAAGCGAACAAGAACACGAAUAUCUGAAGAGCAGGUGUCUAUUUUAAGAAAACACUUUGACAUAAACAGCCUUCCUAGUGAUGAAGAGAUCAACAAAAUGUCCAUUAUGUCCAGUCUGCCUCACAAAGUAAUCAAACAUUGGUUUCGCAAUACCCUAUUUAAAGAGCGCCAGCGAGACAAGGAUUCUCCAUAUAACUUCAAUAAUCCCCCAACCACUCCUCUGGAGGAUUCUAGAGAGGAUAUAAUGCAAAACCAGCAUUUGACACUUUCUCCAUGUUCACUGUCCCCAGGCAUUUCAGCCAACAACUCCCCACAACCACAGACAACUGACCUGCUUAAAGGAGAACCCCAAAGGGGAAGGCGAUCUUCCAGAACCCGUUUCACAGAACAACAGUUGGAAACUCUGCAAGGGGUUUUUGAGGCAACGCCCUACCCAAGAGAGGAGGAAUACGACAGACUGUCUGCUUUGUUGUCUCUACCUAACAGGGUUAUUGUUGUAUGGUUUCAAAAUGCGAGACAGAGAGCCCGUAAAAACCAAGACCGGGGACCCGAUGACGGAUUUGAGGUGAAGAACAACCUUCACAACACCCCCAGACAUAAAAGUGACUUUUCCAGGAAUGAAGAGGAUAAUCAGGAGAAUGGUUAUGAUGAUGGAGGACAACAUGACUCUCAGAAUGAAAAUUCAAUGGAUUUAACCUACGAGUAUUACACUCACCCUGAUUCACCUACACCUGAUUCCUCUACUCAGUGCACAGGUGAGAAUUUAACAGCUAAAGAGGAACAAACAGCUGAUAAGGAGAAUCAAGAAGGUAAAAUGACUUCUCCUCAAGCUAAGAUUAGCCCAGCUUUAGUCCCCACUCAAAAGGAUGUUUUAGACACUGAUAUCCAACAGAAGGAUGUUGCACAGUCUGUGAAAACUAGAUCAUGCCCAAAACCUGAUCCUAAAUUACCAUCAGAAAGUCCUGGAGAGCCUUUUACUCCUUCUUCUUCACAAAAUACUAUUAACUCCUUCUUGUCUGUGUCUCAUUUAGACCAGAAUACACCCAAUGGUCCUUGUGAGCGCACUCUUGAAAAUGCUACUAAUUCAUCAGUAUCAUCCAACCUUCCCUCAGCUCCAGCAUCUGAAACCAUACAAACCCGGCUGUCUGAUGCUGUGGCUUGUCAUUCAAAGGAAACCCAGCCACAUCUCCAAGAUCACUCUCAGUUGCAAUGUAAUCUGUGCCCAGUGUCAUUGCCUUCAUUUCAGCUGUGGCAAGAACAUCAGGCCAGACACCUUCUGGCAGCACAGUCCCAGGUACAACUUCUCCACUCUGGAUUCACUGAUCGAACAAUGCCUUACAUGAUGCUUCAUCCCAACCACACCUUAAUGGCAAGUCAAAUACUGUCAGGUUCCAUGUCCCAAAUGCAUCCUAACCCCGCACAUCCUAUGGUUUCACAUUUGAACAACAUUCAGAUUAAAAAUACAUUAUCGGAUCAGUCAAGUAAUUCCUUCAACAGUUCACUGGCAUCCAUAAAGCAAAGUAAAAAAACUAUGUCAGAGACCAGUUUUGAAGGCCAAAGGGGGAGUAGGGAGUUUGAAGAAGAGCACAGGAGGGAUAAACGGCAGAGAACUACUAUUACUCCAGAGCAACUUGAAGUCUUAUAUCAGCGUUACAGUUUGGACUCCAACCCUACAAGAGGAGUCCUGGAAAGCAUUGCACGAGAUGUUGGCCUCACUAGACGAGUUGUUCAGGUUUGGUUUCAAAAUACAAGAGCAAGAGAAAGAAAAGGACAGUUCAGGUCAGUGGGACCAGGAUCUGGGUUCACUUUGGGGUUGAACCAUCUACGCUGCCCAUUCUGCAGGGCUCUCUUCAAGGUGAAGAGUGCUCUUGAUGCACACAUGAGAUCCCGCCACUGGGCAGAAGCCGAAAAGGCAGGCUACAACCUAGCCUCAGAUUUUGGAUCCAGUGGGCAGAUUGGGAUGGCUAGACCAUCUGCCACGGAGAGACCCAGCUCCUCUAUCUCCUCCAACCCUAACCCAAACCGGGGCUGCGACAUUGGCAACAAAGAGCUGACUCUGAAUCCACUUGUGACUUCUUUGUUUUCAACAAGAAAUUUAAGCAACCCAGAAGAUGAUGAUGACUAUGAAGAAGACGAUGAGGAGUACCUGUGUGAGGAGACUAAUAGUGUUGCCGACAACGGUUCUCCUAAUCCUGAAGGAUCUGGGGUUCAAAGCUCAGAUGAGACUCAGCUUCAGCACCACCAUCAGCAGCAGCGCCAAAGGACACAGAUGAGCCACCUCCAGGUACUUCAGCUUAAAAACUUCUACAGGAACCACCGCACACCGAACCGCCUUGAGUGUGAGACACUAGGUCGGGAGUUGGGAUUGCCUCACCGUGUAGUUCAGGUAUGGUUUCAGAAUGCCAGAGCUAAGGAGAAAAGAGCCAGGAGUUUGAGCUCUGACUCUGCAGAGAGGGAGCAGGCUGAGUUGUCUGCAGGGGCAGGGGAGAGAGACAGAGCUUAGAAAGGCAGACAUCUGCCUUCAAAUGUUUUCCGACCAAAAUCACCCUGCAGCUGAAGUCCACCUCCACAAGUAACCUGUCUGCCUGCUGCCAAACCAUUAACCCGAACACCCCAAAGAUCUAGAGCCGCAGGGCCCCAAAGAGAAGCCUUCUCAAUAGUAGGGGGAGAGCCCAAACUGUGUCCUCCUUUCCACAGAUUUCCUCUGUUUCAUAUUAUUCCUGAACCUUUUUUUCCAGCCUGCCCUUUCAUGUUCAAACAAGCUCCUCCCUCUAUUCCAUCAACUUGCUUUAACUUAACGCUGUCCUGAUGAAAACCAACCAGAUGCCACAGAGGCCAAAGAGCAUUCUCCAAGUAUGUGACCUCACUGCCCAGCUAGACCUGCAGUCUACCUCUACGCCUGCCCGACAGACUCACAGUGGGCUUUCCACCAGACUGUGCUAGAUGACUAGCUGUGUAGCAUGUAGUACCAGUCUGUACGAGGCUGGCAAAGAUAUUGUCAAAGAAAUUUUAGUGUAAAUACAGAGCUCCAAAAAACACUUGAAGAAAAACAAAGCAGUUAGUGGUGUAAUGAGAAAAAGAAAACCCUUGCAAUACGCAGGGGUGUUUGCAUAGAGCUUUUUGUAAAGACUAACUCAGAUUCCAAAGCUCAUAACCAAAAUUUUACAUGUCUGUGGAUUUCGUUUGAACAUUUCCUUUCGAUAAAAAAAAAAAAAUGGCAGAGUUGACUUUUGUACGGUGAAGGUGUGGGAUCUGCAGCUGGCAUCAGUAAGCAGAGUACCAAUAGACUGAAGCGGUGCUACAUUGCAGCCUCACCUUUCCCAGGCCAAUGAUGAGUCUUCUGUUGUACAUGUUAGGUCCUUUGGUGAAUAACAGCCCAAAUAGCACAGUUCAUAAAAGGUCAGUUUGUCCUGAAAGGGGUAAACUAUUUUUUAUAGCACUCAACCAUAAUACUGUAUAUGAAAACUUUAACCAAACCCAAAUUGACAUUGUGUGUGUUUAGUAAUAGUUUUUUUUAAUAUAAAUCUUAUGGAUUGAAACAAACUGUCUUGCUUCAAUAUAAUAGUGUCAUGAUGGUUGAAAAGAUUAUGACAGCUUCCCUAUGUUCAGGCAAGCUGUCUUAACUGCCUUUGCAUUCUAUUUGAAUAUACCAAUGGCUUACCAAUAUUAGGUGACUAAUGUAAAGCUUUCUAUGCUCAGGUUAAAAGCUCAACAUGGCCCAAUUCCAAAAUAUGAUCAGAACUCUGUAUUCAUCUGUUUUUAAAGCAGAAGAAACCUGGUUAAAAUGUUAACUAAGAAUUGCAUGAUGUCUACAAAAGUCUUUCAAAGAUCUGAGCUUUUCAACUCUGAGUAAUAGAUUGUUACUUAAAAAAACCUAUUGAAACAAAAGUGUUUAAUAGUGUGAGUGGUAAAUGUACAGUAUUUAGAUUUUGUAUGGUUGACUUGAGACUUCAUUGGAUGUUUGAAACGCGACUCCCUUUUCCACAUACAGGGAGGUUCUCUCCAAAGUUGAAAAACUUUGGAUAUUACUGCUGUUAUUUUUGUACGCCUAAUUUAUUUUCCCACUCCCUACCCAUCUUGGUUUAUAUUUUCCUAUACCUUUCCUUCUCUGUUCCUUUACAACCAGUUAUUACUCUACCUGUAAUUAUGAUAAUAUAACAAUAAUAGCUAAACAAUAAUUAAUGCUUUAAGACAAAAAUCCAAAGACCUAAUAAUACUUUAACCGUAUGACCUACAAAAUAAGCGCUACUGUUUACUUGACGACAUAUUGCUGUUUUCAAAGAACAAAGGAGUCCCAAGCUACUGUUUUCUGCCUCUCAUAAGCACACUGGAGACUGUAACCAAAACCCCAAACUAGAGCCAUGGCAGUCUGUAAUAUAGCGGUUAAAGAGUUUUACUUCUCUUGAGAAAUGUUGCAGUUUAUUUUUUUUUAUACCAUAGUGUUGAACUUCAGCCCUUAAGGAUGUCCAGUUUGCUGCUAAUGUACUGUAGUUUCUAACAAUAUGUAGAAAGAUGCAUGCUCUGAUUGCUUUACCACUAGGCUUUAAUGACUACAAACUGUAAUGAUACCUGUGAUGCUGUUCAUGAACUGCUCCACUCUUAUUCUGUUAUAACAAAUGGAUUUGUGGGGGCUUUUAUUUCUAUCUUGUUUGUUUUUCAUCGUCCUUUUAUGUUCCCUACUCGGAUGAAGGAAAUGGCCUUCCAAAUAACAUAUUUUUUCAAGCUUCCAGUUUCAUAGAAACCUUUCUUGGACAUAAUGUCUAUGGGAAUACUCAAUAUGUGAACGAGUUAAGGCCAAUGCCUUCCAACAUUAGUGUCUUUAUUUUAGCAAUGUCUCUAGCCUAUGGUCCAGCAGGAACAACUUUGCUGAACAUCAUAGCCGACUUUCCAAAGGAUACGGAAUGAAAAACUGUCUUGUUUUGUUUGAAAACCAACCAAUGUUUACGUCAAUACCAAUGAGCUUUCUUUUGUACAGAAAUGUGCAGUCCAAAUACCACAAAGACAGUUUUGUAAACCAAUUAUUUCCAUUUAAUUUCCCUCUUUUUCUCUUAAACGUAGUGACUGUAAGAUGUACAUAUUGGAGUCUUCUAUGGUAAAGAGACUCUUAUCCUUACUGUAGUUAAAACUGUUUUCUUUUUUUUCUUUCCUUUUUCUUUUCUGGAUAUGUUGUUGCCAUAGUGAUGACCAAAAAGAUACCUGUGAUGUGCACCUGUCCUUAUGUCCUGCUCCAGUGGUUUUCUGUGUCUCAAUACUUUCCCUAACUCAAGCCUCCUUUAAUGGUACAUGUUUCUCCUUCUCCCUACUCCUCCCCCCAUACUCCACUGAGCUAAAUAAAGUCUGCUUUGGUGCA